AUGUCGAGAUCCUUCACCGGCUGCACAAGAUGUAAAGCGCGGCGCCAAAAAUGUGACGAGCAGAGACCGACGUGCGGGCGCUGCCAGACCGCGAACGUGGAGUGCAAAUAUGCGAUGCAGCUGCAGUGGGGUGGGCGGGCGUUUUCGCGAUCGCGAUUCGGGGCCUGCGUGGGCUCGAACAUGCAGAGAUUGGAAUACUCACCCGGCGAAUUCAUCUACACCACCAAGUCCAAGUCCAAGGCGGCUCAGGCUCAGGCUCAGGCUCAGGCCCUCGCUCAGACUCAGUCCAGCUCUAGCCUGAUCUUGGCGAAGCCUGUCGAUCCCUUCUCAUCGCUCUCCAACGAUCAAAAGGCGCUGCUACACCAUUUUAUCAACGAUGCCUCCCAGAUCACCGCCUGCCACUCCGGCAUGCAGCAAGAUAUCUGCCGCAUGAUAGUGCCCAUGGCUCUACAGACUCCAUCCUUGUUAUAUGCCACUACCGCCCUCUCCGCAAUUCACAUACAAGCCCUACAUAACCAGUCCGAGAGCGUCAAAACAGCACCCGAUAUCGCACGGCUGAUGGCACUAAGUCUGGAACACUUCCGACAGGAACUCCAGAAUCCCUCAUCGAAGGGCUCGGAGGCGUUGGUGGCGACUGCGCGGACACUUUGUCUGGCGGAGAUCCACUCGGGAGCGAUCAAUCCGAACUCAUGGCGAGCGCAUAUCGAGGGAGCGAGGGCGUUGAUGAAGACUUCGGAUGCGGCGGGUGAGGACUCGCUUCGAUCUGAGAGUGGUUUUCGCAGGUACUUGGAUCGCUGGUAUUGGUCUAUUGUGUCUCUUACGGCGUUGACGGGGAAUGGGCCGCCUAUUGGUAAUACCUCUGAGUUUGCGCCGUCGGAUUUGGCGUGCCAGCGGGGGUUGCCUGAUUAUUUGGAUGAUUAUUGGGGAUUCACGGUUGAUCUUGCUGCGGUUUUCCGACAAAUUGGUGCCGCUGCUUGGCAAAAUCACCAGGCUGAGAAGGAUCCGCAGGGGUUUAUCGAGGGUGAGGUCGAAAGUAACGUGGAAGACGAAGCGGCGACGCUAGAGUCUUCGGUUCGGCAUCUUAUGGACCGAGGUGCUAGUUCUGAGCCGUCACUAUACCCAGGCGUCGCUGAAGGACUGCCGGCGGAGAGCGUGCAGCAAUUGUCACUCUGCAACGAGGCUUUCCAACACAGUGCUCUGAUCCAGAUUAACAGACGUCUGCGCAGGAUCCCGACGGCGUCGGAUGAAGUACAGCAGUCUGUUCAGCGGAUCCUUGAGUGUACGGCACAAAUUGGGCCGUCAUCUGGCCUCAGCCCGUGGGUGAUGCUGACCACGCCGCUCUUUAUCGCGGGCUGUGAAGCGCUGGGAGAAGAUCGCGACACAGUGCGACAACUACUUGCGUCGUUACACGACACUAUUCGAGUACCCAAUGUGUUGCAGUCCCUGAAAUUCCUCGAGCAGUAUUGGUCUAAUCAGCUCAGUGAGGAAGAAGAUUGGAGCCAUUUCCUUGAUCGAAUGAACUUUGACUUCAUCCCUUAUUAG